CGUCGUCUGAUGAUUCACACAUAAUCAUAGUGUAACGUGUAAAACGCACACAAUAUGAGCUUCUUAUGCAAUUGAUUAUUCGUCCCUAAAAUAUUACGUUAUCGGAAACUUUAUUUAUAUAUCGUUCUUCGCCCGUUUCCCCUGGAACUUAACCUCGAAAAAUUUUGUUCAAGAAGCAUUUUCAAAUCCAUUCUAAUGACUGGUCACAGGCACGUGACGUGACAUCACACAUAUAACUACAGUUCGCGUUAGAUCCCCCCCCAGGAAGAGUGAUGUUUCGUCGUGAUUUCACCACAAUUGUUUACAUUUAGCGUUGAAACCGUUCAGUUUAAGGCAUCGGAUAUUGUCCUUAGCACAUUUUUACUCGUCCAUGGGAUUUAUCGACGAUGAGUUACAAGAAGUCUCACGGCUCUGUCAAAACGUUGUCGAUGGAAGCCGACUCGUUUCCUGCGUGCAAAGUAUGGUCCGAGUCGAAAUAACGAAAACAACGUUCAAGAAACUUGUUGUGUGCAUUCAGUUUCCACAGGAUUAUCCCUCGUCACCACUGUUAAUUGAGUUAAAGAGUAAGACUUUAUCUACAAAGUUGCUAGAUGGCCUAACUAAAGUCUGCGAGAAGAAGUGCAAGGGCCUCUUGAACAAAGCACAGAUAUUACCGACUUUAAAGUUCAUCAGGAGUUAUAUCGAGGAGAAUUCCCUUAUCUGCUGUUAUGAGGAGAUCUCGAUAUUGAAAGAACUCCUAACAGAUCAAGACGAGUUAAAACUAAAGCAGAAGAAUUCCACCAUUCAUUUAAUAGUAAAUCAAGGCUUAUAUUAUUUUAAAACCAAGCUUGUAGUACCAGAUAAUUAUCCCACCAGUAACGUUAGUUUGACAGAUCCUGAUACAAACUUCUCACCGUUGCUUUGCCGUUACCUGGUGGGACAAGGAAAGGAAUUAGGAAGGCAAUGUGUCGAGCCACCAUUGAAGAAACAAGCACAAAAUACACCAUUCACACCAUCCCCAUCUUUAAACACUGUUGCUUCCUUUCUCAUAAAAACUGUAAAAGCUCUUCCUCAAGAGAAUUGCCAGCUAUGCAAAGUAACCUGCUUACCAGCCAACCCAGAGGAGGUUGUGCUCGACGAAAACGCGGACCUUCACGCCGAACGACUCUAUUGUGGUCAUCUAUUCCACUUACGAUGUUUCGUGACAUUCAUGAAGACUCCGCCGUUCCAUGGGGGUAAAAAGUGUCCAAGUUGCGGGCAACGCGUGUACCAUGACAAAUGGGGAUUAAGCGACAAAUUAGCGGAAGCACGUUGGGCUCAUCAGCAAGCACGAGCAAGAGAGUUGGCGGAAGUAGAAGAGUUUUUCAAUUGAAACCACACUUCGCAUGCGGGACUGUAAAUUAGCGCAAUAUUCAACGACAAAAACCUCUUUAGGAAACAUAUGUGUGACAAUAGACUAUACAUAAGAAGACGAAGCAACUGGCAUUUUGGAUAUAAACGAAAUGCUGAAGGAUCAAGUGAGGAGAAUUGCACAUAUAAGAUGUACGUGAAGAUUCUCCUACUUAUAUCCCUAGAAGAUUAUAUAUCCCUAGAAGAUCAAGUAUUCUUCAUAAUUGUAUUUAUCGAGAAAGUUGGAGCAAUGUUGAUGUUCCCUCCGAAAUAUUUUUAAACGACGAACUUGAGUGCUUUUGAGAAAGUCACUUCGACUUUGACGAGAUUGCCAUCGGUCAUAUAAUCAAAGACUGGUAUUGUUGCUUCUUCAACCGUUGAUGAGAAACACUACUCGAGUAGUGUGACUCGUGUACGCGGUGUUGGACAUUAAUCUCGAAAAAAAUCUUGACUAAGGCAAAUCGGCAAAUCAAUAAGCAAAAUUAAUCGAUCGUUAUGUGUAAUUGUUAAUGUAAUCGUGAGCAACUUAAUCGAUCGAUGAAAUAUGUUAUUAAUCGGUCAUAAUUAAUCGGUAUAAUCAAUCAAAGCAAAGCAAUCGAUUCAGUCAUCAUAUGCAAUCAUGAUUUACCGAAUGUUAAUUUUGAUUAUUUCUAUUUUCUAAAUUGCAAUCGAUUAGUGCCCGAUACUGGUGUAAUGAAAUAUGAAACGCGUUUUAUCGUUAAAUCUUCCGUCUUAUUUCGUUGCAUGCGAAUGUAAUUAUCCAUUUUUCUCGGUUAUCAUUUCGCGAAUCGUAACAGUACGAAAGGCAGGAUAAGCUGAAUUUCUGGGGCACAACCAAUAAUUAACUAUUUGAAGAAUAAUUACGGGAUCUUCUACCGACCAAGCAUAGACUAAGAAAAUAAUAAGAGGCAUUUGUUUCUCUUGUGAUUUGCGCUAACGGCGAGUAAAGGUAAACUAUGUUUGAUAAUCUACCUCGUGGUUUCACUCCGAUGUCCUUAACGAAUCAAGUGUCCACGCAAUUUGCAACGAUGCACAAGUAUCACGAAAAUUCGGACCGAGCGUAACGAAUACGUAGAAAAGCCACAGAAACCCCUUAAAUGUAAAAUACUACAAUCUCUGGUGUAAUCGCUUCAAGGUUAUCGUCUUGUGCGUAAAUAUUACGAGCUUGAUAUAUGUUUUAUAAAAUAGUAUUAAUUUUUCUUAUGAAGAUCGACCCCAUGUGUCGCGCACGUCGAUGCGCCAUGUGAGACAGGUCAGCUUGUUCAUUGGUGCACACAAUUCUGAUACAACCUAGGUCCCUAUCUUAGACGAAUAGCGAACGUUAAGUAAACUCUCUUAAUUCCAAGUUUCCUGGUUAUUUUGUCAACGUCUCAUGUAAUACCGUUGUUUCAGCUUGAGAAUCAGAGAAAGGCGUACUCAGCGUUCAGUGCAUGCGUCUAGCACCUCUGCUAAAGUUCGGAUCAAACGUAGUAAACCCGCAAAUCUGGAAGGGAGAUCUCGUGAAUUUGAGAUCUCCGUAAGCACCAGUACUAAUACAGUAACGCUACAUCAAUAUUAUAAUUUGAUAACUCAAAGAGCGAUGUAAGUGCAAUUUAACGCGUGUUAUCCAUAACAGUUACAUUGUUGCGAUGUUACCAUUUACUUGGAUGUCUCGAUUUUCGAUGCGUUCGUUUUAAGGUUGCCGUCUAUGUGAACGUUGCGAGCUUAACUCUUUGGAAAGGGGAGGGGGCAUACUAUUUUAAGACGAAAAGUACUAGUUGCAUAGAAAUUUUAUGUAAAAAAAAAAUAACACAAAGUGAGUUCGUUUCAUUUAUAAACGAUGAAAUCGCCGUGCUUUUCAAGUUAUCUUAAUGUUUCAAAAUGGAAUGAAGAACAUUCCACGGUACAUAUAUAGGGUGAGGCACGUAAAACAGACUAUCUGAAUAACUUUGAAAAUACGCAAGAUAGGAAAAAAUGUUAAAGAAUACAGAAGUUGUAAGGUUUUGAAUGACGUAGAUCACGUAGUAAUACUAGUACGACCUUGAACAGCGUCAUCAAGAUUACAGGAAGGUCACCUUGAAUUUUUUGAAUGGAAA